AUGACGAGAGCGGCGUUAGUUGUGAUUUUAAUAUUGUUCUCGAUUUCUAGUGUGAAUUUUGUCGAUUCCCUGGUGCAGGACAACUUGGGAAAAUUUCUGGGAACCUUUACCGGGAUUAAACAAGUGAAAAUACCUGAAUUGCUGAAUCAGUUGUGCAACCAGUCGCAAGGUUCUAACGCGAAUUUGCAACGCGACGCUUGUUACGGUUGCUUCUAUCGCGCGAGCAUCUUACCACAGGGCUUCUCCAUGCUGGCGGCCAUGUCGACGUGCGCCGACGAUUAUCUCAACAACACCAGUUACGGCCAUUGUCAGGCUUAUUUGCGAAAUGCGACCAGUAUGCCUAACACGCGAAGUCCUAUGUUAAUUUACUGCUCGUUCCUAGAAUGCAUUCGUCAAGUCAAUAAGAAUAGUUUGCUUAAGGAGUGCGUCGACGAGGCCUCAAAAAUGUUACCGGGCUUCAAGGAUAGCUACGCGAACUACACGAGCAUGCAGGUCGCGCAAUUGUUCGUCAACGCCACCGCCUGCGUGCUGGCCAAGACCCGUUGCUCCGACAUGAAUCCGGUGACUGGCGAGAUUCAGGAUGGUAACAUCGUCAACAGGUUACACCUACCCUCGCUCAACGCCAUCCUCGUCAACACCGAUUACGAUAUCAACAUCGUGCAGCUGCCGUUCCGUCACGGCAGCGUCGACGUGUGCACGAAGUACAGAAACAUCCACCAGGCGACUUGGCCCAGUGUCGUGUGUUAAUUUACAAAUAGAUAUUAUCGCG